AUGCGGUUGCCUUUAAGCAAGCAGCCUCUGGCGCUUGGGACGCGUUUCUGGAGCCAGAAUCUCAGACUUUCAGCUUUGUUCCGAUGGGAGCCGGAACCGUCAGGGAAACCGGAGCUUGUUUUCUGCGUCCUUAGGGACCCUGCAGGCUGUCAUCUGUCUCUAAUUUGGUGCAGAAAACGGCACAGCCUAGGGUGUAAAGCUUGCCAGGUGAAGGCGAGAAGAUGGGCGUGCACCAGGCUAAUUGGAGGAGGUUCCGGUGGUAAGGAGUCCUUUCCAAAUAUAAGAGGAAUAAAGAAGUUACUUCCCCUGCUGCCAUCAUCUCCCAACAGACUGAGCAAGAAUAUUUCGAGCGCUACAGCAAAGACAGUCCAUCAAACCCUAGAUGAUGAUCAGCCGUGUGACUUUUUCAAGAAAGGGAAUAGGGUGAAUAAAUCUUAUCAGAAAAGCAGCAAUAUGAAUGCAGGCCCCUCUUGGAAUAAAGUACAGCGUCCAAAGAAUUCAAGAAAAAGGCAGAGUAAAUCCCAAGUCCCCCAUCUCUCGUCCCAGCCGAAAAGCAGUCUCGGAGGAUGUGUCCCCCAACCAACUGAGGAUAAACUGAAGGAAAGCAUUUCCCCGGAAGGAAACCCCAAAAGGAGUCCCCUUGGCUACAGGUGUCGGGGGUCCUCAGGGAACAAGUUGUUUCUGGACUUUCAGACGAUGAAAAUUAUCAAAGAAGAUGCUGAGGAGGACAGUGCCAGUGACCUCUCUGAUUCAGAAAGAAUCCCCGUCCCCCCUUCUCCCCUCACGCCUCCAGAUCUUCAUCUUCGGGCCGAAGAGAUCGAUGCGGCUCACUUCGAUCUGCACCCAGGGCAGGGUCCCACCCAACAGCCCGAAUACUCCUACCCUGACUUCCUCCCGGCCCCGUGUAACUCCUGGGACCUGCGGGACAUGGCUGUGCUCUUGCACUCUGAGCGCAGGACAGAGGCCGUGCCCAGAACCGGGGGGCUGCUGGGGAAGUACAUCGACAGGCUUGUCCAGCUCGAGUGGCUGCAGAUCCAGACUGUCCAGUGCGAGAAAGCAAAGGGGGCCAAGGCGAGGCCUCCCACUGCCCCUGGGACCUCGGGGGCUCUGAAAAGCCCUGGGAGGAGCAAGCUGAUUGCCAACGCUCUGUCCAGGCCUCAGCAGGAAGGGCCUCCGAAGUCAGGCCCUUCACGAAAGAAAGACGUGCACCGUGAAGAAGUCCAUCCAUCCUAUUACACAUGUGAGGCUUCCACCAAACCCCUCGAUGUGCUGAAUAGCAGCAGACUGUGUUCUCAGAAGCAAACCCUCGACGUGCAGACAGAGGAGAAGAAAAAGAAAUCCAACAAGAGCUCCAAGCUGCAGCACUGGGAUCUGUCCUGUGGGGACAGCGGCGACCCUAAGAUCAAGAGUAGCGUGAACCUUCGCCUUCCCAGGCAGCCAGCGGUGAUCGGGGACUCCACGGACACCUACAAGGCCUCCAGAGCGCCAGCACAUGCAAGUCUUAAGCAAAAGGGAAAUGCAAAUAAUUGUGCUCGAGCCACUGUAUCCAGCGAGAAAAAGCUCAAAACAAAUGGAGUAAAACAAAACACACACAAAUUCAAAUCAUAACUGAGAUGAUGAAUUGCAAGGACCUGCAGGUGCCUCAAUAUUAGAGUUCUUCCAAAAGUUACAAUACUGUGAAUUUUAAGAGACUUUGGGAUUACUGACACUGAAGAGGUUGACCAGUUCUUUAGUCCACGCCACGCCCACCCAAGCCACAACAGGGUCGUUUCCAAAGAAGGGUGUCUUUCAGUAACCAUAUUUUGCGUUGACAGUCUUAGGCAAAUGAGAACCCUUCAGAUAAAAAUUAACCAAGGUCUGUGCCAUAUAAAGAAAUAAAACGACAGCUCUCCAAGGGAAGAGUGGACUAAACUUCUGAAACCUCAGCCAGGCCACGUACAGCGCAGGUAAACUAGUGCGUCCUGCUUCAAACGGUGUAGAAUCCUGAAGGUCUGAAAUAGGGCUCUCUGCAUCCUCAUCCUAAACUAUUCAAGCAGAAGGUCCGGGCAUCUCACUCCUGGGGAAGCUUCGGCUCUUCCUCGAGUUACGGAGCAGCUAUUAUGAGCAAAGUCAUUUAUCACUAAGCUGCCUGCUCCUUCCAGACAGUGGAAUCUAGUGCUUUCAAACACUUUCCCUGAUAUGGGUUUAAAAAAAACAAGGCCGGGCUUCCCUGGUGGCCGCCCUCCCACUCCCAGCAAGAUUAUAAAGUCCUGCUCUUGCAAAUGAAGACAGAUCAUCAUUCUGAUGAUUUUUCCCACGGCAUCUCUUCAGAGAAGCCACACACGCCGGGGAUUCUGGUGCCAACUGUUUCAUUCUUCCUCCCAUCACGUGCUAACAACUGUGCUUAGACCCACCGACAUCCACUGGGACGAAGCCUGCACGCUAUUUUAAGUUCAGCUUAGAAAAUACAGAAAUGGACUUCGCCACCACCUCUAAAUUGAAAAGGCCUUUUUUUUUUUUUUUUUUGCGGUACGCGGGCCUCUCACUGUUGUGGCCUCUCCCGUUGCGGAGCACAGGCUCCGGAUGCGCAGGCUCAGCGGCCAUGGCUCGUGGGCCCAGCCGCUCCGUGGCAUGUGGGAUCCUCCCCGACCGGGGCAUGAACCCGUGUCUCCUGCAUUGGCAGGCAGACUCUCAACCACUGUGCCACCAGGGAAGCCCUCUCUGCUAGAUUUUUAUGCAGCUGUUUAUGAAGUAUUCCGGGUCGAUAAAUCUCUGUAAGCACAUUACAUAUAUUUACACACAUCUAUAUACACGUAUAUACGCCUGAUAUUAAUCCCACAGGGUUUAUGCUGAGCUGCCGCCUCUACCAGUAAUGCACCUGUGCAGGUACCCUCAGAGACCUUUCCCGGCCUCGCGUAUGUCUGAGCUGAUUGAGAAAUGCUGAGGUAACGCCUCGAAUGUUCCAUUUGUUCCUAGCUCUUUGACUUGAAGUUGGUUGCUUAAUUGGGGGGGAUAGCUAUAAUGUCACAUGUUAAGACAGUUUUAAAAGCCUGAAAAAGUGGCUUGUUUACUUUUUUGCCUCGGGUUGGUAGUUUAUUUUAACCAACAUUAUUGUGAUUGGAUCAGAGCUCCUAAUGAAUACAGGUUCAUUAUGGAAGAUAAGCACAAUUUUAUGAUUUCUGAUGCACACAUCUUAAUGCACUAAAUGCGGCAGAUAAAGAUCUUGCCAUUCAAGCAGACAACAUUGGAGAGUUGAGUCAGGAGCUCAUUCAGUUCAUCAAAUCGAAGCCAUUGAAUCUUGUGACACGAGUCAUUGUAUUUCUAAGAAGUGCCUCUCAUUUCUGUGGAGAUGUUUACAUACAUGUUGCAUUUAAACCAAUUAAAAUGAUCCAAUAAAAUAAAAUAAAUGGUAGCAAAAAAAAAAA